AUGGGAAAUGGAGACAAAACUGAAAAGAUAAAAGUUGACGAUGAUGAUGAUGACGACAACGAUGAUGAUGAUGAUGAUGAUGAUGAUGAUGAUGAUGAUGAUGAUGAUGAUGCAAAGAAUGGGAUCAGUAUUGACCCGCAGAAAUCGUUAUUCAAUGCAAGUUUGGCUAAUCUGAUUACCUAUCUAAACCACUCGGGACAUGUGGUCUUACGGUUGAUUGUCUAUUCUGCUCUAGGCAAAAGGGCAUUACUGCCAGCCAUACCCAACCACAGAUAUUGUUGA